GACCUUUCAAAUUUCAACGUGUAAACAUGGCACUCGACAAAGCGAAAAUGUGGAAACAAAGCUUAGAUUUUAAGCGAAUAUGCUUAAUUUGCAAAUUUAAUUCGGCCUAUUGUUGUUGCAUAUUAGUUGCUUGGUCAUAAAGGGUUCAAAUGACAUAUUGUCAUUGAUUUAAAUCGACGGGAAUAGUCGAAUUAAGGUUUGACACACUUUCAAAUUCAACUUGACACUGACAGUGACAGUCAUUUAUGGUAUUGAUACAUCAAACAUCAUUAUGUCAGGGUCAAAGUUAAGUAAUCAAGAUAGGAAAGACUUGGAAAAAUUUACAAAGUUUCUCAUCUACAAGAGCUUGCAGAUCAUAGUUCAGUCCAGACUUGGAGAAAAAAUAUCAACUAAAUCUAAGCUUAGUGCCACAGGAGCAGAUUGGUUUAAUUUGGCAAUUAAAGACAUCUCGGAAGUUCACAAUGAGGCAAAGAAAAUACUGGCUGGACAGAAAACUUUACUAGGACAAAGUGUAUGUGUUGAAAUAUCUUUAAAGACAGCUGACGGCGACACAAUGAUUCUAGAAACAUGGUUCAUCAGCCUUAAUCACGAUAGCUGUGAUCCUAAUGUCAAAGUCUCAUAUGCUGUGUACAACAGGAUGAGUAUUGCACUCAAAUCAUUGUUAAGUGUAUCACGUGUGACACCUGCCUACAAAUUAUCAAGACAGCAAGGGGCUGACGAUUUUGUGAUCUGCUACAAGAUUUAUAAUGGAGAACCUCAGUUUUUCAUGCUUGGAGAUGAUUACAAGACAGCAAAGGUUGGAUCUGUCCCUACACCAGUUGGAACCAUCAAUAUAAACUUAGCAUAUAGGACAAAACUGUUAAUAACACCACAGAAAACUAUGAAAGAAAUACCUUUUGAAGUUAAAGAUGACCAUUUUAAAAAAGACAAUGUUAGUCCUAAGAGACCAACAACCCCCAAACCUUGUUCCUUGGGAUAUAAAAGAAAUGAGAGUGUAGCAGAUGAGUUAUGUCAGGGUUCUGAUGAGACACAGGAUUUCACUUUCACUAACAGUCCAGGGGAUAAUAUUCUAAAGAACAGUCAAAUCCCAAGAUCACAGCCGAUCGGGAUAAACAACACAUCACCACGAAACCAUCGUGAUUCAAAAGCACACAGCAAUCCAGAAAAACAGACAAGUUUUACAAGCUACCAGAAAAUUGGAGCAUUUGCAGACAACAAAAUUCAUCGUGACAGUAAAUCAGACAUUGAAGACAUUCCAUUUCUUAACCUCAUACAGGAUGAUAUAAAAAUAGAUGAUAAAACUGUACUUAAUGUGAAAGAACUGUCGAAAUCUUCAAAAUCUCGGAACGAUUCGUGUGAUAGUGACAGGAGAGAGUCAUCUAGUCACGCUAGUGGUGACGGGGAAAAACUACAUGAGAGUGUGUUGUCAAAUCAUAGUUCUAUUAGUCAAGAAUUACCUCCAGAUGAUUUUGUAAUGGUUGAAUUGAAAACACCAUUUGCUGGUGCAGAUCCUAAUACAGACCUUGGAAAGUUCUACCGUGAUUUUUCAUUAGCCCCUAGUCUGAACAUGUUCACAGAAGAACCUACAGUUGGUGAAACAUUAGAACAAAUUACAGAUCAGUUAAGCAUGUUUGAAUCUAAUGUGUAUGAGUUUGACUCAUUCAUAGGAGAAGUGGUGGAAUCUUCACCGGAAUGAAUGCAGAAGUCGUUGAAACUUUACUCGGAAGAAUGCAAAAGUUGAGGAAUCUUUACUGAGUAUGAAUGCAGAAGUUGUUGAAACUUCACUUGAAUGAAUUUGAUGAUUGCAGAGAUUGACAAAUCUUCGCCGCAAUGCAUGCAGAAGUUUUGAAAUUAUCACUGGAAUGAAUGACUUGAAAAAAAAGUUGUGGAAUCGUCAAGGAAGUUAAAUGAUAUUUUUUUCAUUUUUUGUUGUUGAUGAAUUGUGCAAUUAAAAUGACCAAAAUCGUUUUGGUGUACAUAAAAUGUUUGUGGUAUGGCUGGACCAGAUAUAUGUUUGUGAUUUUUUGCAGAAUCAGUUUGUAAUGUUUGUGUCUACUGUAAAAGAUAUAAACUGUUUGGUAGUUUGUUUACGUUUGAGAUUCAUGAUUUGGGUUGAACCCAGUGCAUUAUUUUCUGUAAUGAUUUUUAUUUUGUAAAAGUGUUAAAGAGUGGUGUUUAUAAAUGAUAAAUUUAAGAUGUUUUGCUUUAACAAGAAUGCAUAGAAAAGUGUAGAUUCCUUUUUUUCUAAAUUCUGUUUGCUUACAUUGUCAUGAAGCCUUAAGAAAAAUUUAUACUUACCUAACCUUUUUUUUAAAUCGUAAUUUACCUAAACCAACAAGAUCCAUGAAAACUUGUAUCCUAAGUAUAAAAAUGAAUUCUCAUUUUUUGUGUUUCAUACUUUUAAAUACUUGUUUAUUUUCAAAUUUAACUUUGAUUAUAUUGAAGUUCUAUGAAUUUUAAAUAUAAGUUUUUACAAACUCUACAAAUUACACACAAAACAAAAAAAAAGGAUUUUUUCAAUGGAAGAAAAUUUGUUGUUGUUAAUCAUGUUAAUUUUUAGCAUGUUCAGCCAAACUCAUUACAACUGAUACCUUGAAAGUUAGCAGCAUAUAAUCUGUAUA